AAACUUUAACAAUUUAUAAGCUUCUGAAAACAUUACUCAUGUAAGACCAAUUAGUCCAUAGUAUUUAGGGGCUGCAUCUAGUGAUCACAUUUUCCUUUUUAUUCAUUUUCAACAAAAUAUAAAGUGUAGUUACUUGAUAUAUUUGAAAUUUCUUGUUCCAUUUUCGUGGUAUAACUAUUACAUGUCAUUAUUGAAUGUAUAUUUGUGUAACACUACAUUUUAUACGUAUGAUGCUGUACCACGUGUCACUGAGACCCUUUGAAUUCACCUAUUUAUGCCACCUUGCACCCUCUGAUUAUUUCAAAAUAAAAAAACAAUUGUCUGAUUCAUGCAAUGAUGGUCUCCAAUUCCUCCAUCUCAAGCUCAGCAUCAUCAAGCAGCACUACUUCUUCUUCUUCUCCCGAAUCCUCAUGCCUAAUCGGGUCACUCUUCCGGGAAGAAGGGCACAUUUAUUCCGUGGCGGCCGCUGGGAACAUGCUGUACACGGGCUCCGAGAGCAACACCGUGAGAGUGUGGAAAAACUUGCAAGACUUUUCCGGGUUCAAGUCGGCAAGUGGGAUGGUGAAAGCCAUCGUGGUGCUCAAUCAAAAGAUCUUUACGGGUCAUCAAGAUGGCAAGAUACGGGUAUGGACCCUCCUCGACGACCACAAACCCGCCCCGUUUAAUCGGGUCGGCUACUUGCCCAAAACUAAGCAUUUGUUGCUCAAAUCUUUGAGCCCCAGAAGCUACGUUAGAGUCGCAAGGAACCGUAAUGUUCCGUGGAUAAAGCAUUACGACACCGUUUCAUGCAUGAGCGUCGAUGCGUAUCACGGCCUAUUGUACUCCGGCUCGUGGGAUAAAACCCUCAAAAUUUGGAGAAUUUCCGACUCCAAAUGCCUCGAAUCCGUUGCGGCGCACGACGACGCCGUCAAUUCGGUCAUCGCGGCGCCGGGCGGGAUGGUCUUCACGGGUUCCGCCGACGGCACCGUCAAGGCGUGGCGGCGGGAGUUCUCCGGGAGGCGGACGGAGCACUUUCUGGUGGACGUGCUGCUGGAGCAGGAGCACGCCGUGACAGCGCUGGCGGCGGCCGGCGGGGGCCGGGCGGUGUAUGCGGGGUCGUCGGACGGGCUGGUCAGAUUUUGGGAGGUUGGGAAGCGGUUGGUGGUGUGCGGAGGCGUUCUGAGGGGACACAAGCUGGCGGUGCUGUGUUUGGCGGCGGCGGGGAAUCUGGUGAUGAGCGGAUCGGCGGAUAAGAGCAUAUGCGUGUGGCGGAGGGGUGGCGGCGGAGUGCAUGAGUGUGUGGCGGUGCUGACGGGGCAUGCUGGGCCGGUGAAGUGCCUGGCGGCGGAGGAGGAGAAGUUGACGGAGGAGGAGGAGGGUCGUCGGAGGUGGAUUGUGUAUAGUGGGAGUUUGGACAAGAGCGUUAAGAUUUGGAGGGUGUCCGACUGAGCUUGGACCACCAAUUGUGAACCGUUAGAUUCACUCCACUUAGAAGCACAUGUCCUCUUAUUAAUUAUGCUUUACUUUUAAAUUGUCAAAUAAAUUAAUAUACUAAUUAUGACAUAUUUUGCAAUUUUAAAUACUUCAUCACAAAA